GGCGACCAAACAUGACAAACGGCGCGAAGUAAAAGAGAGUUGAAACGUGAUUGUUUUUUUCUGGCGAAACUGUGAACAAAUAUGCAGAAGUGCGGCUUUACUCCGCUGCUGCGAUGACGCAGUCGAUCGUCGUUCAGGUGGGCCAGUGUGGGAACCAGGUGGGCUGCAGGUUCUGGGACCUCGCGCUGCGCGAGCACGCGCACGUUAAUAAGGGGGGGCUGUACGACGACGCCCUCGGGAGCUUCUUCCGUAACGUCGACUCCAGGAGAAGUGAUGGGGUCGGGGGUCUUGGCGGGAGGAUCCAGCAUCUGAAGGCCAGAGCGUUGCUGGUGGACAUGGAGGAGGGCGUGAUCAACCAGAUCCUGCAGGGCCCGCUGAGGGAAGUGCUGGACGAUGCUCAGCUCCUCACAGACGUGUCUGGCUCAGGAAACAACUGGGCGGUGGGACACAUGACAUACGGCUCGGCCUACAGCGAGCGGAUCUCCGAGCAGCUGAGGAAGACGGCGGAGCACUGUGACUGUCUGCAGUGCUUCUUCCUCAUCCACUCCAUGGGAGGAGGUACCGGGUCCGGCUUGGGGACCAAGGUGCUGAGCCUGCUGGAGGACGACUUCCCCGGCGUGUGUCGAAUCGUCACCUCCAUGUUUCCGUCUGCAGAGGACGACGUGAUCACCUCCCCCUACAACAGCGUGCUGGCCAUGAGGGAGCUCACGGAGCACGCCGACUGCGUCCUGCCGGUGGAAAACCAGUCUCUGGUGGACAUGGUGAACAAGAUCAACGCCAUGUCCCACGGUGCCAAGCCGGGCUCCGUCAUCAGGAGGGACGGCACGCUGGCGUCGGGGCGCGGGGGACUCGCUGGAGCAGAGAAACCCUUCGACGCCAUGAAUAACAUCGUGGCUAACCUGCUGCUCAACAUCACCAGCUCGGCGCGGUUCGAAGGAUCUCUCAACAUGGACCUGAACGAGAUCGCCAUGAACCUGGUGCCGUUCCCCCAGCUGCACUACCUGGUCCCCAGCCUCACGCCCCUGUACACGCUGGCCGACGUCCACGUCCCCCCCAGGAGGCUGGACCAGAUGUUCAGCGACGCCUUCAGCAGAGACCACCAGCUGAUCCGGGCCGACCCCCGGCAGCACCUGUACCUGGCCUGUGCCCUCCUGCUCCGGGGAAACGUGCAGGUGUCGGACCUCCGUAGGAACAUCGAGAGGCUGAAGCCGUCGCUGUCGUUCGUGUCGUGGAACCAGGAGGGCUGGAAGACGGGGCUGUGCUCGGUGCCGCCGGUCGGCCACUCCCACUCCCUGCUGGCGCUGGCCAACAACACGUGUGUGAAGCAAACCUUCACGGACCUGCGGGAGCGCUUCCUCAAGCUCUACAGGAAGAAGGCCCACCUGCACCACUACCUGCAGGUGGAGGGCAUGGAGCAGAGCCUCUUCUCCGAGGCCGUGUCCUCCCUCAGCUCGCUGAUCCAACAGUACCAUCACCUGGACGCCACGCGGGCCACGCUCGUCCCCGACGCUCCCAGGCUCGGUAUCGCCUAACGAGGGGGCACUUUCCAGGGGGAACAAGUUCACACAAACACAGUUUUUUUGUGUACACGUUUAUAAAUUAUGUAAUAUUUAAUGAAUGACCAAGUUAAAGUGUAUUCCCAUCAGAACAAAUAAAAAGCAAGUCAGAAGAACGAA